AUGACGCAGACCCCAGACCAGGUGAAAGGUGGGAUGGAUCUUUUUGACCUUUUGUUCAGGGCCAAAGAUGAAAGCCCCAGUUGCCAAGGCAACCCCUCGUGGACCAUCACCAUGUACGACCAGACGCCGAGCCCGGGGGAAAACGACGCGGAUGACUUUUUGGACGCCCUGCUGGCUGGGAGCGAGUCCUCCUCAGCACGGACCUCCCCCCUGUGGUCCCCCUGCACGCCUGACAGCGAGACGUGCGAGGACCCCCCGGCCCGCAGCCCCCCGACGUCCGCCGCCUUCGCAGCCUGGGAGGCACACGCGCAGUCACUCGCUCCCCCGCAGCUUCCACCUUGCAAGCGUGAAAACGGGACCGCGUCUGAUGUUGCCAUUGAUCUGGGCUGGGAGUCCGGCGGCCUCCAGGAGCAGCUGGGUAUGGCGUGCUACCGCUCCUCCGGUCAGACUGGUGCAGGGUCGUCCAGUCAGACCGUCACAGUCAAGGACUUACUCUUGUCCAACCUGGGACAGAAGAUCAUUCCCCAGCAUGCACUGCAAGAACUCGUGCUCAAUGAGGAUGAAAAGAAACUUCUGGCAAAGGAAGGCAUCAACUUGCCCAGCCGGCUGCCUCUGUCUAAGCUGGAAGAGCGUGUCCUGAAGAAGAUCCGACGUAAAAUCCGCAACAAGCGCUCGGCUCAGGAGAGCCGCAAGAAGAAGAGGGAAUACGUGGACAGUCUGGAGGAACGAAUGUCCGCAUGCAGCGCUCACAACCUCCAGCUGCAGAGAAAGAUCCAGCAACUGGAGGAGACAAACAAUGCCUUGUUGGAACAUCUGAGCCAGCUCCAUACAAUGCUCCCCACCAGCUCCAACAAACCCACACAGAGAGGAACCUGCCUCCUGGUUCUGCUCCUCUCUUUCUCGCUCAUCAUUUCUUCAAACAUGAAGCCCGAUCCCUACAGCCAAGCCAGCCCAGGAGAGUACACCGAGACCUCGGUGCCGUCACGCUCCUUGCACUCGCUCGACCGGGCGAAAGCGGUCGCGUCCGCUCCUCCUCUCUCCUCGCUCUCAGGGACUCUCUGCAGUCUCAUGGAGAGUCUCCUGAAACACCAUCCCUCCGCGGACGCUCACAGUCGGGCCGGCGACCGCUGACGCCGGCGAACUUCCCCCCCAAGUGGAAAGACACAGCAAAGGCUUGGAAUGAGCUGCCUGAUUGCUUUUAUGGGGCCUUUUGUCACUGCGGACACAGACCGAGGUCGCAUAAAGCGGUUCUCGGAACCCACAAACAACACAGCCUGCCACUUCACAGAGGCCACACAUGCAGAUUAUUAUCUAGAUCAUCUCCACUCCAGAUGAUCUCCUGCUGGCCCCACUAUGGACUGGAC